CCGCGCGACGACCUGCUCGAUCCUCCACGUUGACUCGCCGUUCAAAAAGUCCACGCAUGUUCGCUUUGCUCAUAAUCGACUGGCAAACAAAUCGAGUUCACCUAGACAUCUACCAAAUCUCCAAUCGAUAGGCGGUAUCAUCAUCAUGAACGGAUCCGGCAGCCCAUACGGCCAGCCUCCGGCGUGGCAGGAGCAUCGCACGCCAGAUGGCCGAGCCUACUACUACAAUGCGGCCACCAAGGUUACGCAAUGGACCAAGCCCGAGGAUAUGAUGUCUCCGGCCGAAAGAGCACUUGCGAAUCAGCCAUGGAAGGAGUACACCGCGGAAGGCGGUCGCAAGUACUGGUAUAACACCGAGACGAAGUCGAGCUCCUGGGAGAUGCCCGAGGCCUACAAGAAGGCUUUAGGUGCCAACAGCGGCCCCAGUACGCCUGCGGCUGAAAGGGCUGCACCAUACGAUCGAGGAGCGCCUUCUGACAGGUACAACAAUGACCGUUACGAUUCCUACCGCGACCACCGCGAUACCUUCCACGAGUCGCGCCAGCUGACAUUCGGCAACGACGCGACGGCCAAGGCCUUCGUGCCCGCAAGUAACGAGCCCGAAUUCGCCACGCAGGAAGAGGCAGAGGCCGCCUUCACCAAGCUCCUCAAACGCAGCGGCGUUCAGACGGACUGGACCUGGGAGCAGACCCUGCGAACUAUUGCAAAGGACCCUCAGUACAGGGCUAUCAAGGACCCCAAGGAUCGCAAAGCAGCUUUCGAGAAGUACUGCCAUGACAUGAUAGUCCAAGACAAAGAGCGCGCAAAGGAGAGACUGACCAAGUUGCGUACUGACUUCGAGACUAUGCUUAAGCGCCAUCCGGAGAUCAAGCACUACACGCGAUGGAAGACUGCGCGCCCUAUGAUCGAAGGCGAGACCAUCUUUAGGUCCACGGAUAACGAGGCCGAGCGUCGUCAGCUCUUUGAGGAGUACAGAGUUGACCUCAAGAAGAACCACAUGGAGAACCAGGCCACUAUGCGCAAGACGGCCAUGGACGGGCUCAUUGACCUCCUCCCGAAGCUCAACCUGGAGCCCUACACGCGCUGGUCCGAUGCGCACAGCCUCAUUUCAUCCACGACGCCCUUCCAAAAUGAUGAGAAGUACAAGACCCUGAGCAAGUUUGACAUUCUGAUUGCGUUCCAAAACCACAUGAAGGCUUUGGAGCGCGCUUUCAACGACUCUAAGCAGGAGCAAAAGAAUAAGAAGUUCCGCAAGGAGCGUAAGGCUCGUGAUGGCUUCAUCUCCCUCCUCACUGAGCUCAGGAAAGACGGCAAGAUCAAUGCCAGCACGAAGUGGCGCCAAAUCUACUCCCUCAUCGAGAACGACGACCGAUACAAGGCCAUUCUUGGCCAAGGUGGCUCAGCUCCCCAGGAGCUUUUCUGGGAUCUCGUCGAAGAAGAGGAGAAAUCCAUGCGUGGAGCUAGGAACGACGUGUACGAUGUCAUUGACGACGAGCGAUUUGAUAUCACUCCCCAGACCACGUUCGAAGAAUUCCAUGCCGUUAUGAAAAAGAGUCGACGAACUGCUAACAUUGACCGUGAUAUCUUGAUGGUUCUCUUCGAACGCGCCAAGGAAAAGAGAUCUCUGAAGAGAUCCGACGAUGAGAGACAAUCUGAACGCCAACAGCGACGGGCGGCUGAUGAUCUCCGGGCGUACAUGAAGCGUAUGGAUCCCCCUAUUACCCUGGAUGACACGUACGAGAAGGUCAAGGCUCGCCUUGCGGAUACGCCCGCGUUCCAGGCUGUCACAUCGGAAGACGCUCGCGUCGCUACCUUUGAUCGAUAUGUGAGGAGACUCCGCGAGAAGGAAGAAGAGGCCGACCGCGAUCGCCGGCGCAGACGUGGUCGCGAUUCCAGCGAACGCGACAUGUACCGUGAGAGACCCAGAUCCAGAGGUGAGCGAUCUCAUCGCAGCAGUGGCCGUGCUACCAGGCGAAGUCGCAGCCCGGAGGUGGACGCCUACGAGGCGGACAGGCGGAAAGCUAUUGCUGAGCGUGAGCGCAACCACCGCAAAUCAACCAUGGCGGAAAGCUUGCUAUCGACUGAACGCGAACGUCGUUUAUCUCCUCCCCCGCGUCGCGAGCGGGAACGCGAACGGGACAGAGACCGUGAGCGCGAUCGCGACCGUGAUUACGACCGUCAUCGCUCUCGCCGCGACGACGACAGCCACUAUGAUCGCGAGAGACGGGAUAGAGAGGAAGAGCGGGAGAGGUUGUACCGGCGCCGCAUAGGAUCCUACGACGAGCUCCCUUAUGGGGACGAGCGCCCGUCUGGAUCCCGACGCCGCCGCGAGGAGGAUGAGGAGGACCGACGGGAUUCAAGGGACUCCAAGAGAGCGAGAAGAGAGAAAACACCCCGUGAGCGCACCCCCCAACGUGAUACUACACGUCACAAGAACAGGACUCCACCGCCGGCGGCGGCUGCCCCCAAGGACGUGAAGGACACCAAGGAAAAGGAGCCUGUAAAGGACGUUGCGAUGAAGGAUAAAGAGGACGCGGCGGUCCACUCUGGGUCUGAAGAGGGCGAGAUUGAGGAGGACUAG